AUGCAAUUUUCUACCAGACUGGACAGUUACCUUGAGCGGUGGAUUCAGCUGUCUAAGACUAACAAGACAUUCGAUGAUCUGAAGGACUUGUUCUUACGUGAACAGUUUUUAUUGUGUUGCUCGAAAGAACUUGCCUUAUUCCUAAAGGAGAGGAUUCCUACUUCGAUCCAAGACAUGGCGCGAUACGCGGACCAGUUUGCUGAGGCCAGAACAGUGACAUCCUCUUCACUUACGCAAAAACCGCUCUUUGACAGACGACAGCAGUCCGAUAGACAACCGCCGUACAAAGAUUCCGUGCAACAAAACCAAUCUGGAAAUGCAGUGAAGUGUUAUGAGUGCGGACGACAAGGACAUAAAGCCUUUAACUGCAACUUCCGCAAAAGUCCGAAUAACAGGCCGUUUAAUUCGAGCGAGAAACAAGAAACAACACCGAAACAUACUUACCCUAGUGAUUUUCAACGUGGGUCGUACAAUAAUGGGAACCAUGGAUAUCCAGGACGCGGUAGAGGUCGCCAAGGAGCCGCGAGUGUCGUCGAGAAACAUGGAAACUUACCGUGUGUUGGUGAUUCGGUUGCUUUCUGUGAAACGGAAAUGCCAGUUGUGAAAGGAUGUGUUGGCAAUAAACUAGUGACUGUGCUAAGAGACACAGGUUGUAGUGGUGCCGUUAUUUGUAGAGAACUGGUAAACGAUGAUCAACUAACAGGGACAUCUCAACGAUGCAAGUUAGCAGACGGUCGUAUUAUUGAUUCAGAUGUGGCUAGAAUUGAUGUCGAUACUCCUUACUUUACCGGAAGUGUUGAUGCUUGGUGCUUUGAUUCGCCUUCGUACGAUCUUAUUCUUGGUAAUAUUCGUGGAGUAAGGAAACCACAUGAACCAAAUCCAGCCUGGAUUCAUUCCGUUGAAAACAUAGCAGCUGUUGAAACGCGUGCGCAACUGAAAAAGAAACAGUCUCCAUACAAACCAUUGAAAGUACCGGAAGCAAUACGGGAUGUAUCGCCGGAGGAUAUCUUACAAGAACAACGAAACGACGAGACACUGAAAAAGUUAUGGAGCUUAGCUGAGAGUGGACAGCUUAAACAUUUCAGUGACGGCGGAUUUUCAAAAAUGUGUGAACGGAAGCAAAUGUUGUUCAGAGAAUUUUGCAGUCCCAAAGUGUCCAGUGGAAAACUUUUCCGACAGUUAAUCGUUCCUCGGAAAUACAGAACUAUCGUCAUGAAGAUAGCACAUGAAACGCUGAUGGGUGGUCAUCUGGGAUCAAAGAAAACAACCGACAGAGUAGUGUCCGAAUUUUACUGGCCAGGAAUUCAGUCAGACAUUAGACGGUUUUGCAGAUCAUGUGACGUGUGUCAGCGGACUAUUCCAAAAGGAAAAGUACCUGCAGUACCGUUAGGACAAAUGCCGCUAAUUACAGAAGCGUUUCAACGAGUAGCAGUUGAUCUUAUAGGCCCUCUGCAACCAGUUACCGACAAAGGGAAUCGUUACAUUCUGACGCUUGUCGAUUACGCAACCCGUUAUCCCGAGGCUAUUCCACUUCCUGGAAUUGAGACAGAGCGAGUAGCGGAGGCACUGGUAGACAUCUUUAGUAGAUUAGGAGUUCCGAUCGAGAUGCUAACAGAUCAAGGAUCGCAAUUCACAUCGGACGUAAUGAAAGAAGUGAGCCGUCUGUUGUCAUAUAAACGGAUUACUACUACUCCGUAUCACCCCAUGUGUAAUGGACUCGUCGAGAAGUUCAAUGGUACGUUGAAACAGAUGCUAAAGAGGAUGUGUGCUGAGCGACCAAGAGACUGGGAUAAGUACAUCAACCCAUUACUCUUUGCAUACCGUGAAGUACAACAGGAGAGCCUUGGUUUUUCGCCGUUUGAUCUUCUCUAUGGACGUACUGUUCGUGGUCCGAUGACAAUUCUUAAAGAACUUUGGACAAAGGAAAUUCCUGACGAGGACGUUAAGACAACGUAUCAAUACGUACUUGACUUACGCACACGAUUGGAAGAAACAUGUGACAUAGCUCGCCAAAACUUGGAGAAAGCUUCAAAACGUCAGCGCAAGUACUACAACAGGAAAACGCAAGGUCGUCAGAUGAAAGAGGGAGACACAGUACUGGUUCUUCUACCGACAAAGUCAAACAAACUCCUCAUGCAAUGGAAGGGACCUUAUAGUGUAAUACAGAAGAUAGGACAUAUGGACUACAAGAUCGAUAUGGGAGGCAAGCUGAAAACUUUCCACGCAAAUCUUCUUAAGAAGUAUGUUGAACGAGAUACAUUGAACUGUGGUGUUUUGUCAACAUGUGCAAUUUCACUCAUAGACUUUAGUGACCUAGAUGAUGAUGAACAACAGGACUCUAUUCUUAUGCCACCUGUUACUCAAACCGAAACAGCAAAGGACAUAAAGUUUGCAGACAGACUAACACCAGAUCAGUUGGAAACUGCUAAAUCACUGUGUGAUUCGUUCUCAGAUGUAUUUACGGAUAUACCUGGAAUGACGAACUUAGUGGAGCAUAAGAUUGUUGUGACAUCGUCUGAACCUGUGCGUGUGAAACCAUAUCCAAUUCCGUUCAGUACAGAGAAAACAAUUACAGAAGAAGUUCAGAAAAUGCUACAGUUGAAUGUGAUUGAGCCAUCAUCUUCCCCUUAUUCAGCUCCAGUUGUCAUAGCUCGGAAGAAAGAUGGAACGAAUCGAUUUUGCAUUGAUUAUAGACGACUGAACUGUGCUACGGUAUUUGAUGCAGAACCAAUGCCCAGUCCAGAAAGCAUAUUUUCCAAAAUGACCGGAAAGAAGUUUGUGUCAAAGAUAGACUUAAGCAAAGGAUACUGGCAAGUACCGAUGGCUGACGAGAGUAAGCCGCUUACAGCCUUUUCCACACCAUCCGGAUUGUACCAAUUCAGGACAAUGCCGUUUGGUCUUGUAAACGCGCCGGCAACAUUUAGUCGUAUGAUGAGAAAACUACUUCAAGGUAUGAACGGCGUAGAAAACUUUAUCGAUGAUGUCAUUGUUUUUACAGAUACCUUUGAAGAACAUCUACACAUACUGAAGACUGUGUUCGAACGACUCAGAGAUGCGGGACUUGCGGCCAGACCGACAAAAUGUUUCAUCGGAUUUGACAAGAUUGACUGUUUGGGACAUAUGGUGGGCAACAAGUGUCUAGAACCAGAACAGGACAAGAUUGAUGCAGUCAGAAAUGCGCCAAUACCACAAACCAAGAAACAGGUUCGUGCCUUCCUAGGCUUAGCAGGAUUCUACAGAAAGUUUAUUCCGAAUUUCUCUGCGAUAGCCAUUCCACUUUCUGAUCUUACGAAGAAGGGCCAACCAAAUAAAGUUAUUUGGACUGAAAGUCAGCAACGAGCUUUUGAUACAUUGAAACACAUGUUAUCAGAAAGGCCAAUAUUGAAGUUGCCAGAAUUUAAUGAAACCUUCAUUUUACGCACGGACGCUGCAGAUGAUGGGAUAGGUGCUGUGCUGUUACAGAUGGAGGAUGACGAGAAACUACCCGUAGCGUACGCCAGUAGGAAACUUCAACCAAGAGAAAAGGCAUACGCUGUUAUCGAGAAGGAGUGUUUGGCGGUAGUGUGGGGAAUACAGAAGUUCCACCAGUACCUUUAUGGACGCGAGUUUCUACUUGAAACUGAUCACCAACCCCUGACCUACCUUAACAAAGCAAAGACAGAGAACUCCAGACUGAUGCGUUGGGCUUUGCAGCUUCAGCCAUACCGCUUUAGGAUCAUUGCAAUCAAAGGAAGCGACAAUGUGGGUGCGGAUUACCUGAGUCGUCAGUGA